UCAAAAUGGCGCAUAUUUGACGAGAUAUAACAGUGUAAACUAAAUUAAAUCCAACUUCCGGUUGUGCAGCAGCUACCAUGUAUUCAGUCGUUCCACGUCCACAGAUCAUUGAUCAUCGCCCCAAGUCUGGCGAGCCUACAGCUGAGAUCAUCGACCAUAGAAACGCCAAGCCAACAUUCACUAAAUGGAAAGACAGGCGAAGAGCCGAGCAGCUUCCAUAUGACACGCUCAGAGAACAAAGGGAUGCAUUGUUAAAUGCAGAGUUUAAGUAUAAACAUAGGAUUAAAGAACUGGAAAAACAAAAUGAAGAAAUGGUUCAGAUGUACGAGAAUACUUACCAGGAAAAUAAAAAGUUGAAGAGCAUCAUUGAGCACGGUCCAGAUGCUGCAAAGAUGAAACAACUAAAGCUUGAUACAAAGGAGCAGAAAAGUUUGAUAGACGAACUAAAGGAUGAAAUACAGACUCUUCAAGAAAACGUCGCAGAAUUAGAGAAGUUUUAUGGUAUACCGAAGGACUACCAUCUUGAAAAGAAUUGGAAGGAAGCGCUAGCACGUGUUAGACGAAAGCGAGAGGAAGAAGACGCUAUUCCAACACAGGGGCCCUUUGCUGGUACAAAGUUGUUCAAGAAACGACUUGUAGCGAUCAGUGAUGACAGAAUUGCUGACCAAGAUUCUUAUGAUCUCACUCUGGAUAGCCUUGAAAAGGAGACACAGGUCUUACUUAACAAAGUUCGUCAGCUAAAGCGUGAAAAGGAACAAAUAGAUUACACUUUAAUGAUGGGAAAGGGAGCUGUUUCAAGAAAUGCCGUCGUUGCGAAGGCGAUAAAUGAAAAACUUAAUCGUGACUUGAAUAAGUUUGCCAUUCGACUCGAGAAACUAAAACUUAAGCACAAGGCUGCUAAACAAUACCAAUCAAGUGUAACGGAAGUCUCAGUUGGAUUAAAUGAUCAGGAAGAAAGCCAAACUCCUUCGGAGGAUAAGAGAAACAUAGCCGCCGCACCGAAAUCGGUUAAAACAUUUAAAUCGAGAUCUAAGCAAGGUCCUGAGAUCAUUGAUGAUGAGAAUGAUAAACCCAAUAACAUAGAGCUAACAACACAAGAAAAUACCAACUCAGAAAGAUCGAAAAGCACUAACUCAAAAGUCACGGUAAAGUCUUCAAAAAGUGCAAGAGGUUCUAAGACAGGGUCUAAACUGUCGAAGUCAAGGGUAAAAUCGUCUUCCGCUGAUGAUGUCAGAACUGAUCAUCUUAAAUACGACAAGAUUGAAAUUGGAGAGGAAUCACAUGGAAAUCCAAGCAUGAAAGAAGAUUCCGAAGAUAAAAAAGCUAUCGGUGUGGCAAAAUCGUCCACGAAGUCUCAUGCCGCUGAAAGUACAGUCAAAACAAGGAAACCAAUAGCUUCUACAAAUGCUCCAAAACCAAUCGAAUAUACAAAUGGCAGAUACACAAAUGGACCAGAACCAAUAAAAUUCAGAAACAAAGCUGCAAACACAGACAGUGUCAAAUCAAAAACUGAAAACACACAGUCCAGUAAUGUAAACCCAGUAAAUGGAAAAAUAGCUUUCCCGUUUCGACAAACCCGUCGCAUAAAAAGCAACAGUGAAAACUACGUUGACUCUUACGAUGCUGUAUUGAAUUAUCUAAAUCAACAGAGUGGUCAAACCAACAGGAAAUUUGGACAUAACGAGGCUAAAAGAAGAUAUGUUGGGACUGAUGCCCCACCCUCUCCUGUGCCUAUUAGCUUCACCUCCGAUAUGCAUUUUGUGGACGGGAAUGGGCUACGGAAUAUCAUAGGGAACUCGGGGAUAAGGGGGCCAGCGUAUCAGCAGUCACAGUACGUGUACCAGUGAUGCUAUUAAUAAAUAAAAUGAUACAAGAGUGUCACGACGCAAUAAUUGCUUUGCUGAACUUUGCGCUUUAUUUUAUUAAUGAUACAUUCUUAAUCAGAAAAAACUGCUAACCACAAAUAGGUUCGAAUAUUAUAAUUGUUCUAAACCUGAUUAUUCAAGUAGACAUUGGUUUUAAGUGGACAUGUCGGCAAUAUACUGAUUAAAUGAAAGUGCAACACAAUUUUGUUAAAAUUUGUACUUUAAUUUCCCUUUGACCCGAGAGAGUUUUUGUAUAUACACUGACGACGCAGUUUUUGUAUAUAUACUCGUAUAUAUAUAUAUAUUUCUGUGAUUUCCAUAGUUGUUCAAGUUGUUGCUACCGUAGGCUUGUUAUGGAAGUUUAAAGUGUGCUCAUUGUCUGCUCAAUUGUUUUGUUUUGUAAUCGUAGAAGAGGAAUUUGUAUGUGAAUAAAGUUGUAAGAAUAGUA